UAGGCAACAUAGGUCUAAGCAAUGUUGUAAUACAGGUCCAUAUUUGUGUUUUUAGCGCUCUGUCAUGGAAUCUGUGCUCGAUUUGCCCACAGCAGAAGCUACUGAUUGCGUGGAGAAUGUUGUCAAUGAGAAUUCUUCCGUGGAAAGCCUGUCCCAUUUAUCCAAUGCAGAAGCUGCGAAUUGUGUCGAAAACAGUGCAGUUGGUUCUUCAGUAAUUGAUUGUGGUAUACAGUCGAAAGUAGAAAUGGAAGACAGGGCGACCGAAACUUGCAAUUUUUUCUCAGACAUUGUGCACGAAUUAAAACGUAAACUGAAGUGCGUCCGUGAAAAACUUCGAAGAAGAGAGAAGAAGGUGUUUUCCAUGGAUGACAUCAUAAGUUCAUUGAAGGAGAAGGGGCAUCUUCCUGAGAAGUUACAUAACUUCCUCAAUCAUCAGAAAGGAACACAAGUGGAAUUAGUGUGCAAUUUAGUGAACUCUCUCUCUUGUCAAAUGGGUGGCAAGUGUAGACUGUGAACCUGGCUUCUUAAAAGAUGUUUUUAAGUACAUUGAUUUGAAUCCAAUUCUAAGGGACCAGUUCAGUGAUUCAUGUCUAAUAGACAGUAUGGAAAUUAGGAAGCAAGUAGUUUGGGACCAAGGAACUAAGCAAUACACAGGUUUUUUAGACUUUGGUGGGGAAGUGCAUCAGUCAAAAGAAGUA